AUGAGAUCUCUCGCGUGUUCCAUGGGAAACCGACGCCUCAUCCCGCUGGUUCUCUUCCUCAUCAUCGGGACAUGCACCGCUCACUCUCGCGCAACAUCCCGCCGCGGACUCUCAGCCAUCAACUCCAGCCCGUCAUCAUCUGAGGCAAACGGCGAUGUUGUCUCAUGGAAGGUCUCUAGUCGUGAGCCUGAUUUUACCACUAGUAACAUGGCACCUCAAGACGACUUCAAGGCAGAUACUCGGCUUACAGCUCGAACCAUCCAUGCCGGCCAAGCGCAACGUCGCUCGCGCAACAGCGGGGUCGCAGCAGCCCACGGCGGCGAUACUCGCGCCACAUUCCGCAUGGCCAGCAGCAGCGACGUGACGAUUCGCCAUCACAAUUCUCCCGGAAUUGGUAGAUGGACGGUUCGCGAUCAGGGCGGCAGCGGCACGAACGGCGGCGCUGGAAGGCGCCUUCCUACUGGUGGAAGCGCGCAGGACGGAGCGCUUCAUCAUGCGACGCGCGGCAGCGCACAACGGCAUCCCUCAAGGGGCGGUUCGUCCCACCAGCUGCAGCGCAACGGGCGGCAGCAACAGCACGUGGGGUUCCACAUGGCGACAGCGGAGGACGUGGCGCUGCCGCGACACAUGGCGAGGAGCGACGACGAGUCGUCAUUCGCGCGGGCUGCGGAUAGCAAUUACGGGAUGAAUCGUGGUGGCGCGAACUACUAUCAUGGUGACGACGAGUACCGCGGGAGUGACCACGCCGGGGAUGACAACAACGAAAAUGAUAACAGAAACGAGAAUAACAGCGGCGGAGAUGGACGACUCGACGUGAAUUGUGACGGCGAGGGCAGCAACGGCGGAGGAGACGCGAGCAACGGCGGAGGAGACGCGAGCAACGGCGGAGGUGACGCGAGCAACGGCGGAGGUGUCGCGAGCAACGGCGGAGGUGACGCGAGCAACGGCGGAGGUGACGCGAGCAACGGCGGAGGUGACGCGAGCAACGGCGGAGGUGACGCGAGCAAUGGCGAUGGGGGCAGCAGCAGCGGCGGGGGCAGCGGCGGCGUGGACGUAGCAGCAAUUCUUGAGGUGCACAACAGGGCGCGGCAGGAGGUGGGGGUGCCGGACCUGGCAUGGGACGACGGGGUGGCAGCAGCCGCGCAGGAUUGGGCGAACCAGCUGGCAGGAAGAGGGUGCCCUAUGGAGCAUGGCGGCGCGGGGGGCCUUGGGCAGAACCUCUACUGGCGCACACCCGCGGAGCUCACCCCUGAGGAGGACCGCAUGGCGGUGCAGGCGUGGGUGGGUGAGAAGGCGGACUGGACCCCCAGCCCCAUUCCCGACGGGUGUGCGGAGGGCAAGAUGUGCGGGCACUACACGCAGGUGGUGUGGCGGGACACCACUCAUCGCGUCGCUGGCGCCGCGUCUGAUGCGCCAGACGGCGGCGGCCCCGUCCCCGCGGGUGCAGACGGCCCCAACGCAACGGCCGCUGCAACAUCCGCCGCAGCUGCAGCCGCCCCCGCUGCGGCAGUGAGUACACCAGCCGAUGUACCAACCUCCGCACCAGCCGCCGCCAUCCCCGCGUACGUGCCGCCGCCGCACGUGGAGGCGGCGUGGGCGCACUUCCGCCGGCUGGGAUCUCCGCGGCUGCUGGUGGCGCCGAUGGUGGACCAAUCGGAGCUGCCGUUCCGGCGGCUGUGCGCCAAGUACGGCGCGCAGGGCGCGUACACGCCGAUGUUCCACAGCCGGCUGUUCGUUGAGGAUCACAAGUACCGGCGGGAAUUCACCACUUGCCCGGAGGACCGCCCGCUCUUCGUGCAGUUCUGCGCCAACAACCCCGACACGCUAGUGAAGGCCGCGUCUCUCGUCGCGCCAGAUUCUACUCAUUGCACAUCGCCCUGUCCAUUUCCUCCGCCCCCGCCGCCCCCCGUUUUCCCGUUUUUCUCUCCCCCCCGUUUCCCCCCAUUUCUAUCCUAUUCUCUCCUUUUUUUCUCAACCCCCCCACUCCCCUCCGCCCCAUUCUGGCCCCUCUCCCUCCUCCCGCACCUCGCCCCCUCUCCUUUCCCUCGAUGCAGCUGCCCGCAGCGCAUCGCGCGUCGCGGCCGCUACGGCGCGUUCCUAAUGGACGACCUCCCCUUAGUCGAGUCCCUCGUGUCCGCGCUCUCCGCCGCGCGCCUCCCCGCGCCCGUCUCCUGCAAGAUCCGCGUCUUCCCGGACCUCGCGCGCACCAUCGCGUACGCGCGCAUGCUGGAGGCCGCGGGGUGCUACCUGCUGGCCGUGCACGGGCGCACGCGCGAGCAGAAGGACGGGAAGAAGGUGCGCGCGGAUUGGGAGAUGAUCCGGCGCGUGAAGGAGUCCGUGUCGAUUCCUGUGAUCGCGAACGGGAAUAUUAGGGAUUUGGCGGAUGUGGUGGAGUGUUUGGAGGCGACUGGGUGUGAUGGGGUGCUCAGUGCUGAGAGCUUGCUGGAGAAUCCGGCGCUGUUUGGAGGGUAUCGGGUGGAUGAUGGGGUGGAGAGAGGGCAGGCGAAUGGGGGAGAGGAGGCCCACCUGCACCGCAUGUUGGGGCCUGUGUUCUCGCGGCACCCGCACAUUAGAGAGAAGCUCAAUAAGGAGUACAAGCUGACUGUGCCGUGGCUCCUGGAUCUUGUGGGGCAGCUGAGGGCGUGUGAGAAAGGAGAAGUAGGGGCGGAGAGAGCAGGGGACGGGACAGCUGCUGGUGGCAAUGAUGCUGUUGCUGCCCCCGGUGCUGUUGCUGGAGAUGUUGCAGGGGCUCUUGGUAAUAGUGCGCCAGAUGCAAGCCAUGUGAAUGGACAGGCAGUAGCUGUGGCAGGGCUUUAA